CCAAAUGUUUAAAUUUAGUAAGUGCGUGCCCUAAACAAGCAAGUUCUUAGGCGGAAUUGAUGGAAGGAGAAGGAAGUUCAAGUUCAGAAAUGGAAUUCACAGAGAUUGAGAGCAGCGCAGACUCCUUGGAUGCCUCUGCUAUCUUCCACGUCAUCAAAGACGUCUUCGGCUUCGUUCUCUAUAUGCACCAGCAAAUCCCUUCCAUUUUGCAGGAUAUGAGCCUUGAAUUUGAGUCACUACAGAGCGAGUAUAAGGAAUUGGAGAUGGCUUUAAGACAAAGCGAAUUGAAGGCAUCAUCUCGAAGAAAUCACACUAACAGAAUGAGAGAGCUCAAGCAUGGGAUUAGAAGAGGGGAGAAGUUGAUGAACACAGUUUCUAGCUUCCAGACUGCUCUGCAAUUGAUCAUAAGUGAGAGUCCUAAUAUACAGGAAGUCAUUUUGGUUCUUGGAGGUAGUCCAUUACGACCUCACCAUGUUUAUCAGUUGUUCUUUUCCCAUGGAAAGUCUGUACCCAGAGGUGGAGUUGAUUUCACUAAGAGCAAAGUAGCAGAAGGGCUUUCACGAAAGGCUAUUCGAACGUUGAUCUCAAAGGGUGCUGGAUCUGGUUCCUAUCCGGGGCCUUCUAAAUUGUUUCUAUUGGUCAAAGCACCCUCUUCUUUGAAUAUGCCUCCGCAUUUUCUUCCAAAACGUGACUUCAGAUACAGCAAAAAGAUUGUACCUUUAAGGCUGCGGUUUAAGUGCAAAACACAAAACAAGGAAAUGAGAUCUCCCAGUCAUGCUUCUCAAACCUGUAGUUCCAUGGGUUUGACAGAUUCUACUUCAGAUAAUUUGAUCUGAUACAGAGCCGUCUUGCCCCUUCUUCAGUUUUUCACUUUUUCAUCUUGGAUUGCUACUGCCAGUCUGCCAUUCGCGAUCUCCUCCACUCUCCAGUUUAUCACUUUUUCAUCUUGGUUUGCUACUGCCAUUCGCGAUCUCAUCCACUCUCCAGUCUAUCAUCAUCUUGGUUUGCUAGUUGCUACUGCCAUUCGCGAUCUCCUCCACACUCCAGUCUAGUCCUCCUCUUCGUGUCCUCCAUUCGCGAUCUCAAAACUCAGAAGUCAGAUCUCCUUCAAGUUUUCAGCUAAGCUUCAGUGAUUCAGCCUCACGUCUUCACUCUUCACUUUAGUCUUCAAGUCUUUGGUCUGCAGUCUGCUCUACUCUGCUUCAGCGCUUCUUCCUUGCCGUGGCUGGUCUGCUGCCUGCAACUCUUCAUUCUUCAACUUCCAGUCUUCAACGUGAACUCUUCAAUCAUCACCA